AUGUAUGUGAGAAACAUUAUAGUGACUGAGUACAUGUUCUACUUAAAAAAUACUGAAAUAGUCAGUUCGUCCAGGCUGCUGAGGGGGAGGGAGGUAUUCUGCUUCCGCACCCAACACCCGAAGCCCGUGCCGGACGCCCAGACCAACUCGUCCGUGCCCGACGCCGAGAGCGAGACGCUCGUGCCCACAGCCGCCACGACCAACUCGCCCGUGACCAACGCCAAGAGCGAGACGCCCGUGCCCGCAGCCGCCGAGCUCGAGGCGGGUUUCCAGCGACUAGCAGAUAGACACUUAGCAAGAGAGCUCGCGACAGAGGAAGGGUAUCCGGGGGCGCCAUCUCCUUUCACGUGUGUUCUAUUUCUUUAA